AUGGUGGGCCAGCUUGCUUUAGGCUAUUCCUGUUGCUUGAUCGCCAGUGUGGCGUAUGCCGUGAACUAUUUGCCGGUGAAGAAGUAUGACACGGGCGACGGGGUCUUCUUCACGUUCGCCAUGUCCGUGGGGAUUUUGAUGGUGGGAAUCCUUACGGGUGUCUUCUUGAAUAGCGAACCCUUCAACUUCGAACCCUUGGCAGCGCUGGGCGGGGUGAUCUUCACGAUGGGCAACCUGCUGUGCCCCGCAGUGAUCCAGCUGAUUGGAUUGGGCUUGGGUCUGACGAUUUGGGACCUCAGCAACAUGCUCAUGGGUUGGGUCACGGGUCGGUUCGGCCUCUUUGGCGUGGAGAUGGAGAUCUCCCAAACGCCUUGGAUGAAUUACUCCGGCUUGGCGCUCGCCUGUGUCUCCUUGAUCUUCAUGUACUUGGCUGCACGCUACGAUUGCGUGAAGACGACGAAGGAGGUUGAACCUGUUGAAGCGGAUGUGGAAGCACCAGCUGAGGGCGACAAGGAGUCAAGGAACCCAUUGAGAUUGGUUUUGGGUUCUGCAAUGGCGGUGCUUGCAGGCGUUCUGUUCGGAACGAUGUUUGAUUUGCCGCAAGAUCUCAUGCAGGGGAGAUUCGGCCCUUGCCACAGCCGAUGCGCCUUGGACUAUGUUUUCAGCCACUUCCUGGGGAUCUUCGUAGCCUCAGGGGUUGCCUUGUUGAUCUAUGUGGGCGUACAGAGGCAGCAGAGCUUUCUGCCCUGCCAAAUCGUCCUCCCCGCGAUGCUCUCGGGCAUCAUUUGGGCCAUUGGCACGGUGGCCUGGUUCGAUGCCAACGGCGAGCUGGGCUUCUCUGUCACGUUCCCCAUUAUCAGCAGUCUCCCCAGCAUCCUGGCCUUACUCAUUGGUUUCCUCUUCUUCGACGAGCUCAACACGUCGAAGAGUCGCUUCUUUGCGCUGCUGGGCGUGGGCAUCCGCCUCCCUGGGGUGGCACUCAUCGCGUUGAGCCGAGUGUCCGCCGAUGAGCGUGCCCGUCGAGAUGCACGCCGUGCCGCGCGCCGAGCACAAGCCGAGGUGACCAGUCCCGAACCUGACCAAGAGAGUGAAGGGGAGGAGGAUGAGCCCUCUCUGGCGUUGGUCGUGGUCCGAGCUGCCAGGCCCAUCCUGCGAAGCGUCCAGUGGCUGGCGAACCGAGUCCUGGGCGAAAAGAAGACGAAUCUUGGAUAUGCCAGCCAGUUCUCCUAUGACCAUCUCUCUGGCCAGUGGGUUUUGCCGAGACCACCUUUUCUUUGGAGAGCUUCAGAACUUGCGGAGCUCCUUGAACACCUUGCAGCAGCCUCACUUUUGUUUUUGGCCAACUUGGCCGUGAAGAUGACUUCAGCAGAAGAAUCCGGCACCAGCUCUUGGUACCGGGUGCCGACGUGGUCGGGCAACCCGGCGGAAUGGCGACAGUUCCGCCGGGAGAUGAACUGGUGGAUGGCUUCGCUGGAUGAAGAAUCCUGCAAGAAGUUCAAUGUUCUCAAGCGGGAAGGCAUAGUGAUGCCGGAGGAGGAGUUAGGCUGGAUGUUGAAAGAACGUUUGGGACUGGAUGCAAUCAGGAAGCAGUUGCUGGAGACAGCAUUGGCAGGUCGGGAGAACUAUGAUGUGGUCGAAUCAGAAUGCCUUCGUCUGUUUCGAGAUUUGCACUCCUCCGACCCUUUGAACAAGAGCCGACCUUUUGACAAGGCACCACUACUCCAGCGUUUCCUACAGUCUCAUGACAGACACAGCUCCUCUUCGUCCUACAGGCCUUCGACUACAGCCAGCUCGACGGCUCCCUCUUCUCGCUCCUUCCGGACUCAGAGCUCUGGUUCCAGCCGGCCACCUUUCAAGCGUUUUGGCCAGCAGCCUCAACCUCGACAAGCCUUGAUUGCCGAGGCCCCUGAAGAGGAAGGCCAGAUGGAGGCGGAAGAUGAAGAGCUGAUUCCAGACGAUGAUGGUCAGGGUUACUCUCCUGAGAACCCGACGAUCGAAGAAGUCCUCCAGACCGAAGCUGAGCUUCUUGCCCAAGAGCUGCAGGAGCUCGAGACUGAAGGUUGCGACCCUCGAGUGCUUGAAGAUUUGGAGAGCGGCAUGGAACAGGCCGCAGAGAGUCUGUUGACAAUGCGUGAAGCACGCACCAAAAUAGCUGAGGUCAAGAAAGACCGUGGAUAUGGAAAGCCUGGCCAACCGGCUCCUCGUUCGACGAAGCCCCAUGGCAAUCAAGUCCCUCGCCAAAAGAGCACUACAAAGUGCUUCGACUGUGGUGAGAUGGGACACUGGGCUGGUGAUGCAGGCUGCAAGGCCCCUGGUGCUGGCCUGGCUCGACCCAAAGGAAAGCCUAAGAGCCAGAUGACGAAGCAGGUUCGUGUCACCGAGACCCUGAACACUGAACAUGUGGCUCCUGAAGAACCUGAUGACAUGGGCCACGAGGCCACUUCGCCCUUCCACUCCAGCCUCGCCAAUGGCCUCGUCCGGACUCCCAACGCUGGCGGAAACUUGGACAAGACGGCGUAG